AUGGCAAAAUGGAGUGCGAUAUUAGUGAUACUGAUGGUGGUGAUUGCUGCGUUGGCAGUAGAAGCAAAAUGGAGUGAAAAAGAUUUUAUUCAAUGUUUUCGCAAGUGUUCAAAGAAUUGUAAGAAACACGACGGUGAUUGUUUUGAAAAAUGUAAAAUCAAAUGCGGUGGCCCAAACCCUCCCCAUAGUUCAUCACGGUAA